AUGUGCACACAGGCCUCCAUAGUUCUCCAUGGACCCCUGCAAGUGCAGGCCAAGCGAUCUACUGGUUCUGGUGACCCCGGACCCAGCAAAUCCAACGACAAGAAGGCUGGGAAGAAUGGGAAACCCUCUGCAAAGAAGGCUGUUGCAAAGGAUGCAGCCACAGGCUCCGUCAGCAAGGGAUCAGGGCCGCAGCAGUCCGGGGCGGCCACCGCAGUCCAGGCCGCGGCCCCUCCCACCUCCCACCUGCUGAAGGCGACUUCCAUCAAGGCCCGAGCGAGCGCAGGCAAGGCUUCGACUGCCGCGGUGCGACAGGCCUCCUCGCCGCAGGCCGCCCCCCAGGUCGCCAUGGACGCCAAGUGGGAGGUGCCCAAGAUCACCAAGGUGGUCGCCUACCCCCAGCUCCUGGAGGAUAUCCGGAUGGACAGGGUGGAGGAGGUCAAGUUCUUCCAGAUGGGCCGAAAUGUGCUGGCUCUGCCUGGGAAGUGCCUGGUGGUGUACCGCAAUGGUACUGUGGGCGAGGCUACCAUCGACCAGGAUGACAUGAGGGUUGCCUAUGCCAUGGAGACCCAUGGCGUCACCGCCAGCAAAGUGGGCGUGGUGCCGCUGCCCACCGAGAUUAACCCCCGCCAGGGGUUUGAUCCCCGAUUCAUCCGCACCUUCAGCAGCUGGUUUGGGCUGGCCGCCAUCGGCCUGGUGUACCUGGGAACCUACAUCAUGCGCCAGCGGCAGGGAGACGCGGACGAUCGCGAGAAGCUGCGCGAGAAGGCGAAGCAGGACAGGCGGGAGCGGGAGCGCCAGACGCUCAUGGACGACAUGGAGGGCGAGAUCCUGAAGCAGCAUGGCAUGGGGCGGUCGGCCACGGACAUGGAGAAGCGGUUCAAGGAAGCUGCCAUGGACGUCAGCAGGAAAGAGAUCCUCAAGGUGCUAGCUAGGGCCGGCAUCACAGAAGAGGAUGCAGAGGAGCCCUCCGCCUCACCAGAGGAGGAGCUGGGUGUGAACGACCAGGGCGUAUUCUACAAUGCCCAGGGCGAGUCGCAGCUGGCGGACGAGGAGGCGUAUCGCCAGAAGCUGGCCGCCGACGUGAAGAGCGAGGACCCCAAUGCUCAGGCUGAGGAGAUGCUGAAGAUGAAGACAGUGCGCAUCAAGCGUGCCAUGGACCCCGAGCGCCAGCGCCGCAUCCGGGAGGCGCAGCGGCAGCUUCGUGGCGUGAAGCUGCAGUACUCGGACGAGGAGACCAUCUUCUUCGACGAUGUGGCAGGGAUUGGGGAUGCCAAGUUUGAGCUGCAGGAGGUGGUGGACUUCUUCACGAGGCCCGCGCGAUUCAAGGCCUCCGGGUCCAAGGUGCCGCGUGGCGUGCUGCUGUGCGGACCCCCCGGCACAGGGAAGACGCUGCUCGCCAGGGCGGUGGCCGGCGAGGCGGGAGAGGCCUUCCUGUCCAUCAACGCCUCGGAGUUUGUGGAGAUGUUUGUGGGCGUGGGCGCCGCGCGCGUGCGCGACCUCUUCUCAACGGCGCGCUCCAUGGCCCCCGCCAUCCUGUUCGUGGACGAGAUCGACAGCGUGGGGCGCACACGCGGCGGCGCGCAGGGCAACGACGAGCGCGACCAGACCCUGAACCAGCUGCUGACGGAGAUGGACGGCUUCUCCACCGAGGCCCAGGUCAUCGUCAUGGCCGCCAGCAACCGCAAGGACGUGCUGGACUCCGCGCUCAUCCGCCCCGGCCGCUUCGACCGCAUCGUCUACGUCGACGUCCCGGACUUCCACGGCCGCAUCGACAUCCUGCGGGUGCACCUGGACCGGCGGGAGUGGGACGCGGCGGGCAUCGACCUGCACGCGCUGUCCCUGGAGACGCGCAACUACUCGGGCGCGCGCCUGGCCAACCUGGUCAACAUGGCCGCCACCGCCGCCGGGCAGCGGGCGCACUCCGUCAUCACCAUGGAGGACAUGGAGCGGGCGCUGGAGCUGGAGCGGCUGGGCCCGACGCGCAGCCCCUACUCGGACGUGGCGCGGCGGCGCCUGGCGCUGGUGGAGGGCGCCACGUCGGUGCUGGCCACGCUGCUGCCCGCCAUCGAGCCCGUGACCAAGGCCACGAUCGUGGUGCGCGAAACGUACCCCCUGGGCCACACCGUGGUGGAGAACAGCGAGCAGCGGGAGCUGACGCACGUGUACACGCGGCGCUACCUGGAGGAGCAGAUGCUGCUGGUGCUGGCGGGGCGCGCCGCGGAGGAGGCGGCCUACGGCGCCGAGGGCAUGAGCACGCUGUGCCAACGCCGCGUGGCCAUGGCGCGCCGCAUCGCCAACAAGAUGGUGGUCAGCAACGCCAUGACAUCCGCGGUGGGGCCGCGCCUGGUGGCCCACCCCGACGGGCCCGGCGACGAGAUGGACCUGUUUGUCACCCGCUUCAUCCCCGUGGACGUGGCGGAGACGGUGGACCGCACCAUCUCCGAGGUCAUGACCAGGGCCUACACGGCCAGCCUGGCCAUGGUGCGCCGCAACUUUGCGGCCAUCGAAGCGGUGGCGGACCUGCUGAUGGAGAAGAACACCGUCAACGGCGACGAGGUGCGGCGGCUGGUGCUGAAGCAUGGCUGUGCCGAGGACCUGGCCUUCAGGGAGAAGGAGGUGGCGCCCUUCAUGUGA